UGUCAGCAGCAUCAAAGAGAGAGUAGGAGCACUACUUUGUCUUUGUGUUUUAGGUGAUUUUACCCCAUUAAAGCGGGACAUUUGACCACCUGUGAACCAUGGAAGAAGACGCGUCCACCGCCGACAAGACCAGCGUCACCGGCAGCACCCACACCAUCCCGCAGCCCGAAAACACGGAGCUGCUCAUCCCGAGCUUCACCCCAGCUUCCGCCCCGUCCUCCCCGACCCCGACCAGCACCCUCUCCAGACUGGGCUUCAAAAGUCCCACCAGCCCCACCGCUGCGGCGCCGGGCAGCCCUGUAGACCGCGGCCAGGUGAGCGCCAUCACCGUGGUGGCGCUGCUCGACAAGCUGGUGAACAUGCUGGAGUGCGUGCAGGACAACCAGCAGCGCAUGGAGCAACGGCAGGCCGACCUGGAGGGGGCCGUGAAAGUUGUGCAGGGUGACGUGACCCGGCUGUCCAAGACCCACAUCUGCACCUCCAACAGCGUCAACAAGCUGCUCGAGCGCUCCCGCAAAGUGAGCGGGCACCUGAAGGAAGUGCGGGAGCGCAUGGACAAACAGGCGGUGCAGGUGAAGAAGCUGGAGGCGAACCAUUCCCACCUGCUGAAGAGGAACCACUUUAAAGUGCUCAUCUUCCAGGAAGACAACGAGAUCCCAACUAGUGUGUCAGUUAAAGACUCCCUCAAGACCCCGCAACCAAGCCAGUAUGAUGCAGAAUCCACCAACCUGACUCCAUCUAUUGCUGGCCCUACUCCAUCCAUCACUGGCUCUGCUGAUGGUAGUCGCACCCAAGAGGAAGGUCUUCAAACCAUAAGCCUGUCCUCUGAUGAGGAUGAUGAUCUUACAGCUCACAAAGAGGGAGAAGAGCUGCUUGAUUGUGAUGAUGGAGUUGGUGCGGGCACUUCCCAGGCAUAUGAGAGAAGGGCUGAUAAAUUCAAGCGCUCCAGCCUUAGGAAAGUUGAUAGUCUAAAGAAGGCCUUCUCACGCCAGAGCAUCGAGAAGAAGGUGAACCAGAUCACCACUAAGAUUGUUCCACUUGAGAAGCGUGAGAAAAUCAAGAAGAGCCUAACCCCCAACCAUCCCAAGAGCCCUACUGCCAAGAGUUCCUCCUUCAAGGUGUCUCCUAUGACCUUCAAUGUCAAGAAAGUCAGAGAUGGGGAAGUACCAACACAAGACGUGGUAUCGCCUGUGGAAGACGCCCAUGUGGAGAUACCUGCUUUGGGGGGCUUAGAUGUUGAAGAGGAGGUUCCCCUUGCAGAGGUGCACACCCAAGAGGACAUGGUGGAGGAAAUUCAGGAGAUGCUAAGUCCCUCCACCCCAGAUAGCAUCAAGGUAGAGCUGGCUAUCAAUGGAGAAGCACCAAGCAUUGAGUGCGGGAUAAAUGGUGAGCGUUCUGCAGGCUUGGCAGUCCCAGAAAAUGAUGAGAUUAUUGGGGAGGAUGACGAGGAGGAUAACGACGAAGAAGGAAAGGAAGAACACAAAAGCCCUGUUGCAACAGCAGCAGAUACCCAGAUUCCCACAGCAACAAUUGCUGUAGAGCAAAUGUCUUAAAUGUGUGAUUGUAGAGAGCAUCAAAUCUAGUUUACAAAUCUUUCUCUUCUGUCUAAAGUUUCUAGAUUUUUGAACACCCAGUAGGCCCAAGUCAUCUUUCACCUUGAAUAGUCAAGGUUUCUUGCAAUCACCCAUCCUUAUCAUCAUCAUAAGCCUGUUUGUUCCACACGAACCCAUUCUUUGGUGAUUCUUGUUACAAUUACUCAAGAUCUCAAAUUUUGGUCUGACAUACCCUAAUUGUCCAUCUUUGGACCAAGACACUUGGGGGGUCCAUCCUUGAACCAGCAUAAUCAAAUUGUCCCAUGACCACCAUAUUCAAGCUGCAUAUCCCUUGGCCAACAUAUACUCAGGUCGUCUACCCCUGGACUAAGCUCCCGUUCCUUAAACCAACAUACCCUGGUUGCCCAUCCUUGGACCAACAUACCUCUUUUGCCCAUCCUAAGACCAAUGUACUCAAGCUGCACAUCCCUGGACUAACCUAUACUUAGGUUGUCCAUCCUUGGACUGACAUAACCUUGCCCAUCCUUGGAUCAACAUACCUUGGUUGCCUAUCCUUGGACCAGCAUACUCGAGAUGCCCAUCUCUGGACCAUCCUAUACUCAGGUUGCCCAUCCCUGAACUAGCAGGCCCUGGCAGCAAAUCCCAAGAAUCAGCAUCCCUUGGGUGCCCAUCCUAGAACCAACAUACUCAAGCAGUACAUCUCUGGACUACCCUAUACUCGGGUUGUCCAUCCCUGGACUGACAUAACCUGGCUGCCUACCCUUAAACCAACAUACCCUGGUUGCCUAUCCUUGGACCAAUGGACUCAAGAUGUACAAACACAGACUCAGGUCGUCCAUCCCUGAACUAGAAUGCCCUGGUUGCCCAUCCUAGGACUGAUAAACGUGAGUUGUACAGCCUUGGACCAACAUAUACUCAGGUCAGUCAUCCAUGGACUAGCAUAACAUGGUUGUCAAUCCUUAAAACAACAUACCCUGGUUUCCCAUCCAUGGAUCAACAUACCAUGGUUGCCCAUUCUUGGACAAACGUACUCAAGAUGUACAUCCCUGGACUAAUUUAUACUCACAUUGUCCAUCCCUGAACUAGAAAUACCUGGUUGCCCAUACGAGGACUAAAAAACUUGAGUGUUGCAUCCUUGGGCCAUAUACUAUAUACUCAGGUUGUCCAUUCUUUGACUGGUUGCCUUUUCCUGGGGUCAACAUACUUGGCCCUAGUUGUCCAUUCUUGGAUACUCAAGAUGCCAGUCUUUGGCCUAUUCUUUAUUAUUUUAUUCAAUUAUCACCAGCCAAGUUUUAAAAGCUGUGGUAGGGUCUACAUGGGCAAGCUCAGCUAUUAAACCUCACAGAGUAUCAGAAUCAAGUGCAAGCGCUUCUCAAACCCUGUAGAAGAGUGGUCCAAAGAAAACAACAUUGCACCAAUGCACCAUAACUCAAUCCAAUCAACGGGUGCCCACCUCUUCAAUAGCAGCACAUCUCCAGGGCACUGGGCCAACUAUCUCUCUCCUGCUCUGUUUGUCUGUCUCUGGAGCUCUCUUCCUCACUGACAAAUAGCCUCUUUGUUCUUUGUGUUUUUGUGAAAAAUAGUAAAUCUCUGGCAACAGCAGACCUGGCCGCUGCCUGUUUGAGGCAGUGUGUUGCCCGGUUGUGUAAGAGUUGGAAUGGGGAGGUUCUGGGUUUAAAGUAAGACAGUCUUUGGGUGUUUUGUAGUGAACGAGAGGUUGUUUACUGAAUUCUUUGGACCUAUGCGGAAAAGGCCCAGAUCUUACAGGUGCCUAUGCUUCGGCUGUUAAAUUGUAUGUGACUUCUAUCAGGAUGUCUAAUUUGUUUUUCAUAACUUGAUAAGUGACAAAACUAAUACAUUAAAGUGGUAAAUCAGUUAUUUUAGUUCAUGUGAUCGCCAAUAAAGUAACAAUAAACCCUGAAGAUUAGAAUAUAUAUGUAUAGGUUUACUAAUAGUCUUUUGGUUGUUAAAGAUCACAAAACUUAAAAAUUUAAAAGCAAAAUAUGAAAUUAAAGUUACUUAUUAACAUGUUUUUGUUCAAUCACAGUGGCAUAAUUGAAGGACACCAGUGCAGGAUGGAAGCUGCUCUAGAAAACAUAAGUAACUCCAGUUAGCUCACCGAUUUUAAUAUUUACAUUUCAAAUGUCACUUGUUCUGCCUUUGUCUUGUCUGAAAGGCAACUGUGUAUGUUUAUGUACAGGAAUUAAUGUUUAUUUCUGUGUAAGGCCACACUUUUCUCUAGGUAUUAAGAGCAUUCACCCUAAAAUUGUAACUUUAUGAUAACUGUCUCAAGUGUGUGUGUGUACUUUACAGUUAAAAUUGUAUCUGUGAGUUAAUUUUAUUGAGUUUUUCAGUGAUAUUUGGGUGUUUAUAAGUUGUGGUAUUCUUACAGGUGUCCAUAGCUUGUAUUUUACAAGUGCAUCUCAAAAAAUUAGAAUACCGUGAAAAAGUUAUUUUUUUCCUGUGAAUUAAUUCAAAAGUCAAACUUCCAUAUUUUCUAGAUUCAUCAUUAUAAAGUGACAUUUAUUUUGUUUUAAUCUUCAUAAAUAACUCCACUAUCUCAAAAUAGAAGAAUAUUACAAAAUGCCAAUUAAAAAAAAAACUUAAUAGAGAAAUAUCUACUAUCUAGAAAUGUAACCUUAUUUAUGUACUUGUAUAAUUGGUCAUUGCUUCUUUUUCAUGGAUUACUGCAUAAAUGCAUCAUUGCAUGGAGGCAGUCAGUCUGUGGCACUGCUAGGGUGUUAUGAAGAGCAGGCUGCUCUGAUAGCAGCCUUCAGCUCAUCUGUAUUGAUCAGUCUGGCGUCUUGUAUCUUCCCCUUGACAUUUUUGCAGGGAUUCUCUAUCGCAUUGAUCAUCGACUAUAACCCCCCCUCAACAAUUGAUAUUGAAAAAAAUGCCCAGAUUGGUCUAAUAUUUGAUCCAUUUUACAUUUUAAAUCUACCUGUCAGCAAUUAUUGGCAAAUAAGAUGCAUGAUAAACAUAUACUUAUCAGUUCAUUCUUGAUUAAAACUGAUUUUCUUUUAAAUUUAGGUGUUUUCCUCUGAGAAUCGAAACUAAAGACCUAUGUCUUGCAUGUUUUUAUUCAUCAGUCAGGACACAGCACAUUAUCAGGACAUAACAGUCCCAGAAAAAAUAAAUAAAUAUCCAGCAAAAAUAUCUCAAUUGCUCCCUUGUGGCAGGCUAUGGUACAUGGAGUGAUCUCAUUUAAAAAAAAAUUGCAUACAUUUGAAAGAAAGUAAAGAUAUCUUGCAAAUAUGUUUAUUAGACUAAAAUGUCUAAAUGUUUGAAAGUCGGCCCCAAAGCGUCCAUCAAGGAAAAAGGGUCCCUUGUACAAAGGUAGUUGAUGACCUUUGCUCUAUAGGGUUCAGGUCAGGUGAGUGGGUUGACCAAUCAAACACAGUAAUACCAUGGUCAGCAAACCAGCUUCUGGUAGUUUUGGCUGGUGAGAUAGCAGAGUUCUGAUUUUUGUGAGCUGUAAUUAUCAAGAUUAAAUGAAAAAGGUUGUAUUAUUUCUCUUUAUAUGAGAAUAAUCUUUAUCAUGUUAUUCUAAUUUUCUGUGAUGCCCCUGUAGAGGUUUUCUUAGUUUCACAUGUUGAAGACAUCAACACAAUCAGGGCUCCAUUACAAAAUCCACCCCUCCUAUGUGCAAACAUAUACUCCGACAGAGCCUUAACCAUGCACAGAGGAAGGUUUCCUAUCUUUUUGUAGAUAUGAGUGAUUAUUCAGGCAUGCCUUUAUGCAUGUCUUUCCUCUCCUGAGGAAUCUAUGCAUCUUUGGGUGGGGGUGGGGGGUGG